AUGCAACUUGGUGGAUCAGAUCGUGCACAGCGUGAACGCGUUUUCCAUCACAAUAAUGACGAAUUGAUCACUGUUGAUGAUAUGUGGGAAGCAUGGUUUGCAUCUGAGGAACGUUCCUGGACAACUGCUGAUCUGGUGAAAUGGCUCGAAAACUCGGUCCGUCUUCCACAGUACGCGUCCAUAUUUAUUGGCAUGGAAAUUGAUGGUCGUAGUUUGCCGAGGUUGGUGUUCGUCCUUUGA